CAUGUGCCUUCUUGGAUCAUGGAGCUGCACUGUCUUCCUACUGAGACCCCCACCACAGCCAGCUCCUGCUCCACGGACCCCCUGUACGACAACUGCCCACCUUUUGCCCAGCGAGAGAGGGCCAGGGAAAAGGAAAUGGAAAGUAGGGUUGUGUGCCCUGCCGUAACCAGACUCCCAGGCUCCUGCAGCCCUCUGCCUGUUCUGGCCCCAGCUGUGGCUGAGGUUCAGGCAGUGGUCGGCGGGGGAAGAGGGCCUGGCAUCUGGCCAGGUCACAGCUACUGCAGCUGUAGAGGAGGCUUGGGAAGACUGGCCUGGGAAGCAGAGCAGGGCCCAGGCAUAAACAGAGCAAGAGGAGGAGAUAGAGGAGGAGAACAGGGAUGUAGCUGGGGAGCAGAGGACAGAGCUCGUCUGAACCAGAGCCCCAGUCGAUCACAGAGUGAGGAACACUGCAGCGCUCUGUCUCUGUACGACAACCUCUCCGACGCUGUAGCAACCGACAGCCUCCAGGAAGUCUCUGACAUGGAAACUAACCUACAGGAACACUUGCAGGAGCAGAUGUACCAAGCAUGGGCCCCUGAGCAGAUCCAGGGACUGAUGGAGGGUGACGAUGUGAGCGAAGAGAGGAGCCCCUGGUCCUCUUGUGAGAUUGUCCUCGCUAAAAGUCGAGCUAGUAACCAGGACCAAGACAAGGAGCAGGAGCCAGAGCUGGACUCAGGAUCCUGUGGAUUUAUGCAGGGGGACCUGAUGCUGCAUCCCCAGCCCACCAUGUCCUCUCCAGAACAUCUUACAGCGAGUUCCCCCCAGCUGUGCCAGAGUAAACCUGCUCUGGGUGCUGAAGCCCCAAAGCAGCCAUCAUGGUCUCCCAGGGUGCCCCCUCCGGUACCCCUGGCUGACCCCUCGGCCAGCGCUCUUCGAAGCCUCCUCACAAGCCUCCAGCAGCAGAUAGUCAGACAGAGGGAGGAAUAUGAGGCUCGGAUAAUCAGCCUAGAGCACAGAAAUGAGGAGCUGCAGGUAGAGGUUGUUCGCUUGAAAACAAACCUCACGCAGCAGCGGCACUGGUACCAGGCUGUCCAGACUAAGAUUGUGGAGUCUGAAAAGGCCCGAGCUGCUGCGGAACUACGCAACGCCACGCUGCAGAAGGAGAUGGAGCAGUUCUUUGACACCUUCGGAGAGCUCAACAACGAGGCAAAGAAGACAGAAUACAUUGUCAAGAGCUUUUGAGAAAAGAUUAUGUGUAUGUUGUUUGACGGGAUGAACAACGUGUGCAAUGAGGAAGUUAACAAAAAAAAAAAAAGGCACAAGACAGGCUGGUCUAUAACCUCUAGCUAGGGUUGUUUAUAGUAAUAUGUCACUGUGUAGAACAUUUCCUUCCGAGUUGGGAAGGGUUUAAGCGAUGUACAGUUAUUUUCUCAUAAAGAAUCUCAGAACUACACAAAACAACAUCAAUGAAAGAAAAAAAAAAAACAAUCACUGAUGUCCACUUUAUUAGUUGAGUAUGGGCAAAAGAUGUUGGCCAAGUGAUAAUAUUGUGGUCAUUGCAAUCACAUAGAACAUCUCUGGAAAUAAAAGCAGGAACAAACUGUGAGAUGUA